CUCACCACCCCGGCUCGCCCGCAUCCCAGCCUCCUCCUCUGCCAGGGAUUCGGAGCUGGGCUCCCGCCCUCCCCUGAAGCUUUGGUACCCGCAGCCCUGUCUCCUCCCCCUGGGGUGAGUCCAACAGCGGCCUCCUUUCCUGACCGGCACAUUUAUUCUCCAGCUCCUCCAGCGACUGAGAGAGGCAGCUCCUCUUGGGAAGCCCUUUACCCCCCCACCCCCCCACACACCCCGUCCCGCCCUGCACCUGCCAGCGGGACUACCCACUUGGGGAGAAACGCUGUUCUACCUGCAGCCGGUCUCGGUGGGUCUCCUCUCUGCGGUCGGACCCUCUUCCCGAUCCCAGCCUCCUAUGCCAAGACCUACCUUGUCAGUCACCUCCUUUUGUCAGCGGCUUGGCAAACCGGAGAGAAAACGGAGCUUCAUGGGAAACAGCAGCAACAGUUGGUCCCAUGCAUCAUUUCCCAAGCUGGAACUGGGCCUGGGACACCGUCCCACGCCGCCCCGGGAGCCACCUACCUGCUCCAUCUGCCUGGAGAAGCUUCGAGAGCCCAUCUCUCUGGACUGUGGCCAUGACUUCUGUAUCCGGUGCUUCAGCACGCACCGCGUCCCUGGCUGUGAGCUCCCCUGCUGCCCUGAGUGCAGGAAGACGUGCAAGCAGAAGAAGGGGCUCCGCAGUCUCGGGGAGAAGAUGAAACUGCUGCCCCGGCGGCAGCUGCCCCCCGUGCUGCAGGAGACCUCUGCCGUGAGGGCAGAACGUCUGCUGCUGGUGCGAAUCAAUGCCUCCGGCGGCCUCAUCCUCAGGAUGGGAGCUAUCAACCGCUGUCUGAAGCACCCCGUGGCCAGGGACACACCAGUCUGCCUCCUUGCUGUCCUAGGCGAGCAGCAUUCAGGGAAGUCCUUCCUCCUGGACCACUUACUCAGAAGCUUGCCCGGCCUGGAAUCUGGUGAGGGUGGCUGGCCCCGAGCAGAGAAGUCCCUGCCAGAGUUCAGAUGGGGGGCUAAUGGCCUCACUAGGGGUAUAUGGAUGUGGAGUCAUCCCUUCCUGCUAGGGAAAGAAGGGAAGAAGGUGGCUGUGUUCCUGGUGGACACGGGGGAUGUCAUGAGCCCGGAGCUGAGCAGGGAAACGAGGAUCAAGCUCUGCGCUCUCACCAUGAUGCUGAGCUCCUACCAGAUCCUGAACACCUCCCAGGAGCUGAAGGACACAGACCUGAGCUAUCUGGAGAUGUUCGUCCACGUGGCUGAGGUGAUGGGCAAGCAUUAUGGGAUGGUGCCAAUCCAGCAUCUGGACCUCUUAGUUCGUGACUCUUCCCACCCCAGUAAAGCAGGACAGGGACACGUGGGUGACAUAGUACAGAGGCUGUCAGGCAAAUACCCCAAGGUCCAGGAGCUUCUCGUGGGGAAACGAGCCCGCUGUUACCUCUUGCCUGCACCCGGGAGGCAGUGGGUGCACAAAGGCCAAGGAAGCCCAGGAAGUGACAAAGAUGACAAUUUCUGCCACCUUCUCCGGGCAUAUGUUUUGGAUGUCCUGAGCACGGCGCCCCAGCAUGCCAAGAGCCGCUGCCACGGUUACUGGAGUGAGGGUCGAGCCGUGGCCAGGGGGGACAGACGCCUGCUCACGGGGCAGCAGCUAGCACAGGAGAUCAAGAACCUUUCGGGCUGGAUGGGGAAGACAGGCCCCGGAUUCAGCUCUCCAGAUGAGAUGGCUGCCCAGCUUCAUGACCUGAGGAAAGUGGAGGCUGCCAAGAAGGAGUUCGAAGAUUAUGUGAGGCAGCAGGACAUAGCCACCAAGCGUAUCUUCUCUGCACUCCGGGUCCUGCCCGACACCAUGCGGAACCUCCUGUCUACCCAGAAAGACAGCAUCUUGGCCCGCCAUGGCGUGGCCUUGCUGUGCAAAGAAAGAGAGCAGACCUUGGAGGCCCUGGAGGCUGAGCUGCAGGCAGAGGCCAAAGCGUUCAUGGACUCCUACACAAUGCGCUUUUGCGGCCACUUGGCUGCAGUUGGGGGCGCUGUGGGGGCUGGGCUCAUGGGCCUGGCCGGGGGUGUGGUGGGCGCGGGCAUGGCAGCGGCGGCAUUGGCGGCCGAGGCUGGGAUGGUGGCUGCGGGGGCGGCAGUGGGGGCCACUGGGGCUGCUGUGGUUGGGGGUGGCGUGGGUGCCGGGCUGGCUGCCACUGUGGGCUGCAUGGAGAAAGAGGAAGAUGAACGGGUUCAAGGAGGGGACCGAGAGCCCCUUCUCCAGGAAGAAUAGAAGCCGGACGACCUCGCAGGUUGAAAGAGAUGAGAGGCGGGGGAGGGGUGGAGCUAUGUCAGACAUUCAGGGAGGGCCACAUGUACAUUGCCCCUAUUGAGUGCCCGAUGUCUGGCACUGGCUGAGCUGGGCACUCGAGGCGUUUGCAGGAUCUUCCGGGAGGCUCCCUAGGCCAGGAGACGCUGUUUGGGGGCAGUGAGCAGGACACGGGGACUCUUUCUGGUUGUAGAUGAUUGUCACUCACUUGACCCUAUCACAAAAUGGGUCUUCAGCCUCUCCACUCCAAUUUACUAUUUUCCUGGAAGACCCUGGCCUGGAAGUCUGUGGGCCAGGCCCUAGCAUGACUGACCCUGAAGCUGGGGGCCCUGAUGGGCUGGGAAAGAGAGAGGUGGGUACACAGGGCAGGGCCCUACAAGUGCAGUAUGACCAACAGUGGCAUAACCCUGGCCACCGCAGCUGGACUGAAGUGGCUUCUCUUCACACUGUGCGGCCCCAUGUCUAGGUACGUGUCCCCCAACCACCCCACGUCCUCCUGGGCUCUGCACGGUGUCAAGCCUGUCGAGAUGGAGGAACUCCACGUUCUUUGCAGAAUACCCUCACCAUGACAGAUCAAAUGCCAAAGAACCACACUUCGGCUUCAUUCUGAGCUAAGGCAAGCCACACCAGAUUUUAAGUCUCGUAAGGAAAGCAUAAAGAAUGAAUUCUGUCUUUAAACAUGUCCUUUCCCUCGUGAGCUUGUGAGAGAAAGCUUACUGGGUCACGUGGUAGCAGACUUAAGGCUGCUCCCAGAACACCAGACUCCACAGAGAAUCUGGGGGUGAGGGACCUUUCUCAGGGGGAUGGAAAGUUCUCCUAAGAAGACUUCUGGGCUAUUAAACCAUAAAGGAUAUUGGGCUCAUGACCUCUUAUUUUAUUAAAAAAAAUAAAAUGUGUGUAUGUGGGUGUCUA